AUGAGUACAUUUAUAUUAGGAGCUACUGGAUUUGUUGGAACUCAAAUUGUUAAAUUUGCUGAAUCUUCUUCAGUUUUCAAUUCAAUUGUUACAGUUACAAGAAGAACCCCAAAUUUUAAUGACCCAUCUAAAAAAAUCAAAUCAUUAGAAGAUAAAAAUACUGACAAUUGGCCGGAAUUAAUUAAAUCAAAUGAAUCAACAGAUGCUUUUAUUUCUUCUUUUGGUACAACUAGAGCAAAAGCCGGGUCUGCUGAAAAUUUCAAAAAAAUCGAUUAUGGUAUAAACUAUGCCGCUGCUAAAGCAGCUAAAGAAAAUGGAACUAAAGUAUAUGUUUUAGUUAGUUCUAUGGGUGCCAAUUCUGGAUCAAGAUUUUUAUAUAUGAAAACAAAAGGUCAAUUAGAAGAUGAUGUCAUUGCUUUAGGUUUUGAUCAUACUGUUAUUUUAAGACCUGGUAUUUUGCUUGGUCAACGUGAAGGCAGUCAUGGUCUUGGUAAUGAUGUAUCAGCAACUAUUGGUAGUUGGGCUAAAAAUACUUUCUUACAACGUUGGUUGAAUUCAAUAGAUGCUAGUGAUGUUGGUAAAGUUGCUGUUGAUUUUGCAGCAAAAGGAGUUAAAGGUGAAUUGAAAGAAAAAGUUUUGAUUGUUGAAAGUGCAGAAAUGAUUAAAAUUGCCAAGGGCUUGUAA